AUGCCUGGCGCCAAAGAGCUGGAAGCCGCCCGGCGCGUGGCGACCCUCACCUUGGCGGAGCUCGAUAUCUCCUCUUCGACGUCCCCUCCUUGCUCCAACCUCCCGGCGCUCCUUCGCUGCUGCCUCCAGUUGCUGCCUCUUCUCAACGCCGGCGAUCCAAGCCUAGCGGCUCGAUGCUGCCACGGCCUCCUCGCCUCCCUUCGCGCCAUCCUCUCUCGGGAUCCCUCGCCAUCCCUCCUCCCUGCAAUCGAGGUUUUCGCUGAGAGUGUUGUUGCUAGUGGCCAAUUGAGGAGCUGCUUGGUAGCAGCCACCUAUGCUGCACCGGAAGGAUCAAGGAUGUUCACUGAGGCCCUGCCAUACGAGGAUGAGCACAUCAUGCUUGAACUUGUGUGCCGCCACUUAAUUUCAUCAUUACUGGAUGAGGGGGCAUUUGAGGUGUUUGUGAGUGCACUUUCUUGGUCGGGGAAGGCAUUGCAGCAGACACCAGAAAUCAGCUUUCAGGGGGCUUUAGCGCUGGUUCAAAGGACCUGGUUCUUCUCGUUGCCAGCUGUUGUACAAGCACAUCUCUUACUGCUCAUGUCUAGAUGCACCAGUGAUCAAAAUCUUAACUCGCAUAUGCUAGCAUUUCAGUAUGCCAUGAAACUUUAUGUCAGAUAUUUACCGGCAUUGUGUGUUUUCAACAGAACUGGUGGUGCAGAAGCCCCACUGAAUUAUUUGGGCAUGAAAAGACCUUUUUAUAGUUGUAUCAAAGAUACCACUGAGCAGAAACUCAGAAGUCAGAUCGAUCGGCUGCUUUCGUUUUGUGAAUUGCACUCUGGUGAUGAUCUUCCCAUCGGCGUGAGUGAUAUUGGUCGCGUAAUUGAAGAGAACCAGCAUAUGUUUCAUGAAAAGUUCAGGCAACAAUGUACUGUGGUUGUGAAGGCCAUAUUGUCUAGUAUCCUAUGCUGUGCAAAGCAAAAGGAGGUGCUUGAACCCGAUGCUGAAGUAUCUGAUGAGAUUAUUUGCCUUGCUGCAGCACUUAGGGUAAUGGGCUCCUCAAUGCAACACAUCCUGCACCAUUUCAGCCAAAUGAGGUCGGCCACUGACAAGAAACAUAACAAGGAGUACAAGAUUAUAUAUGAAAUUAUCAGUUUGCUUGGGCAAUAUGAAACAAAUGAGCUUCAUAGAUAUGACCUGGCUAUUACUGGGAAGUCUGUGGACAGUGAAAGUGCCUCAAUGCUAAUGUUGACUCAUUUUGCUAGUUUAUCAACUUCUUGUUUAAGGAAGCUUGGCUUCCUGUGGAAAGGUUGUAUUAUCAUGAUGAUGAUGGCCACAAAUCUUAUUGCUGAAGAGCAAAGUUUGAGUACAUUUGAUCUCCCUAUGGAUGUCUCAAAAGAAUCUGCAGUUUUAUGCAAUACCAAAGUGGGGAUCUCAGAGGUUUCUGCUCGGACUAAAGAGAUAAUAUUACGGUAUAAAAGCAUGCAUAGAUUUCGUGGUAAAGGCAGGCACUUUUAUGCUGAUGGAAUCAGUCUCGGCACCCCUGAGGAAUGUAAUUCCAGAGUUGGAAAGGCUAAUGGUCAAAGGUUUUUUGAGUGUCAUCCUGAAUACUCACGAAACUCGUGGGCUGAUAUACUGGAUUGCGUUGAAUGUGAAGAAGGAAAAGAUUAUUCAAAUGCCUUGAAGCAACAUCAAAAGUUUAAGAUGUUUAAAUAUGGGAAAUGGCUCAACCAGAGACAAUCUAAACGGCAAUCUACCAUGGAUAUGUUGGGACUGAAGUCAAGGAGAAGGAGCUAG